UUAAUAUACCUAAUUAGACUUAUCCAACUAAUUUCUCACAUUACUUUCGAAACCUUUGUGCUGUUACCACGCCCUAAAUUAUUUUUUGUUUACAAGCCAUUAUUUAGUCCGAACCGUUGUAAUCGUUAGCUGGUUACAACUUUUAUAUUUCUGACACAAAGUUUAAUUUCGAGUCUCACAGAAAAAUGUCAGCCUACAAUUCAUACGAGCCUCCGAACCCAUACUUUGAGAGUAACGAUACCUAUAACUACGCGCCUGUUAUUCCGAUUGUACCUGAAAGAGAAGUAGGCGAUUUCAGACCAUUUUACAUAACAAUAGCAAUUUGCUCCAUCAUUUUGGGAUUUAUUAUAAUCCUAAACAUUGUUUGUUGUUGUUCAAGAUAUUCCGACUAUUGGCUGGACCGACACACAGGCAAUCGCUGGCUUGUGUCAGUUUGGACAGCAACUCCACACAAGCAACCACCCCUUGACUUAACUGAGCUCGAGAGUCAGGUGACCCACGUCCAGUACGUUCAUCCCUACCACAGCGAGCAGUACCAGGAGGUGAGGCUAACCGAGGCUCCGGCGUCCAUCUCCCGCCAACCUCUCACUGCUUCUCAAGAGUUCCUGGAAUUGCACAAGAGGGAGAGUGACAUAUAAUGUCUUUCCAAUUAAUGUAUCCAGCUAUUGCUGUACUCGCUAUGUUCGUUUUAAUCGUAAUUAAGUUUAUAUUGACUUAUGGGUCUAGACUGUGUAAGCUUCGUCACAACACAUUCGCUGAUC